UCCACCCUUAGUCGAGUCAUGGGCUGUGAAUGAUUUCAUUCAACGAAUGAGCUUUGAGGAUACUGCAGCGCCAGAAUGACCUUUAUUAAAGUGUUUCAGCCACCGGUCGCUGUGGCGGCUACUCCAGCCGCUCUGUCUCAUUUAUGUCUCCCUCCCUGUCCCGACACUAGACAGGGUUUUUACUAUUAUUUAUAACCCGGUGGGGGAAAAAAAGACAGCGGGUCGAAAUGGGAGGUAACGGCAGCACGACUAGGAAAGUGUCGUUCGGACUGGACGAAGACGAGAAGGUCACAGUUAUUGAAGGAGUGAAGCUCUCAGAGGAUGUGCUCCGGCGGAUGAGGGAAUCUCAGGGGUAUGACAGCGCCAAGCCACCACCAUCUUUGCCAGACAGUCUCAAACCACCGUCAAGUCCAAAACCAACGAGUCCCUCCACUACAGAAGUACAUGAAGAAAUGCGCAAAAAUUAUGAGCGUCAACAGGCGCUGGUGCAGGAGCAGUUGGCCCAGCUGGCCCAGAGGGAGAGAGAGUCAGCAACAACCACAGGCCUGGAUGAGCUGAACCCUGCCCUCAUCAUCGAGAAAGCAAAGGCUCAUGAAGAGCAAGAAAAGGCCAAGAUACUGCCAGCAGAUUUGGAUGCCUGGCGAAGCUGUGAGUGUGCUGCCGCCACCAUUCCACACAACAACACUUUGGGAGGUAUUCAGCUAGAAAAUUACACAUCAUCUGUGCUGCUAGCAGAGGCUAGACAACUGGAGAACAGGGAAAAGGAACUGGCCAGCAUCUCCAGCUUCUAUAAAGAGCAACUAGAAAUACUGGAGAAAAGGAACCUUGAAAACUACAAGCAGACGGCUGAACAAUAUAACCAGGCAGCGACUGAAGCUGAGGCUCACAUCCGACCUCGGCAGACUGCGUCUCUGUGCACUGAGCUGCAGGCCAAGGUGCUCCAAUGCUACAGAGAAAACCCACAGCAGACCCUGCAUUGCUCUAGCCUGGCCAAACAGUACAUGGCCUGUGUCCAGCAAGCCAAGAGCUCGCUGACGAAUCACGGCUGAGAAAAUCCCAAGAACGGCGGAGAAGAAGUGAAGAAGGAGAGAGCAUGUCAGAUCUGUCCAUUUUUCGCCUCCCUCUGUCCUUCACAUAUUCAUCCGUCCAUUUAUUUAUCCACCAUCGCUGAAGAAACCCCCUCCUCUUUUCCCACUCACCAUCCUCCUUGGUUUUUGAGUGUAUUAUCUUGACAUGUCACUCCAGAGUGUAUGAUGUGUUGAUUUAUUGUCAAGUUGCGCCGGCACACCCCAUGCCGUCGCUGAAAUAAAUCCCAGUGAUCCGGUGGUGAUGAGACUGCA